CCUCGCCUCAGCCAAAAUAACCUUAACCUUAGCUUCGUCCUCCAUCUCCAUCACCAACUUUACUUCUGUCCUCUUCCCAAGAUGUCCUCCCGCGGUGUCCCAGAAGUCCUUUUCAAAAAAGUAGACGAAUACGUCGACUCCCUCGCUCCCCAGAUCCAACCCCGCAUCACCUCCGAGCUCGAGACCUUUCAGCAAAAGACCAUCGACAGCCUCGAAGAUAAAGUCGUCGACGCUUUCCGAUCACUCUUCAACAAAGAUAAGGAUUCUUCUUCGAGAAGUCCAUUUGAUCUUAAGGAUGAUGCGCCGGAUGCCUACGGUGGACAGAGUUUGCCGUUUGCGGAUGAGUUGGCAAAGUUGACGAGGAGUUUUACAAAGAUUACUGAUGAGGCGGGGGAUGAUUUACGGGAUAUUUUCGAUAUUACGGAGGGGAGAGCCGGAGGACAGAGUGAUACGAGAUCGAGGGGAGGGGAGACGUCGCGGGGUGGUGCGAAGGGGUUCUUGUCGGCUGCUUUUGACGCGGUGCAGGAUCAUCUGGAGAACAAUAACGGCAGGGGAGGAGGUCAAGGCUUUGAACUUGAUGGUCUGCUAGGUGUGAUUAGCAACACUGUCAAAGACGCCGCACGAAACCCAGAGGAGAAAGCACGGAUGAUCAGUCCCGAGAUCAAAGAACAAGUCGGCGCCAAACUCCGCGAACAACAUGCCCCGAUCGCAGAGCAGUUCACGCGCAUUGCUCUCGACCACAUCAAGCGCUGGUUACGAGGAAAUACGAGCACGAAAGAUCUAGGCGAUGGUGUCAAGGGCGAGAUUGAAGAUCAGGUUAAGGAUCUUGUUAAAGGAAUUGGAGGGCUGUUUGGGAAUAAUAAAAAGUCCAACGAAGGUUCGGCGAGAGGGUUCGGCGAUGGAGAUCGUGAUGGCGAACGCGCUGAUGGCGAGAGCGGUGGUUUCUCAAAAGUCAUAAGCGAUAAACUCAGCACAGGUAUCGCAAGAGUCCACAGAGAAGUCCGUCUCGAGUUCCGAAAGAUUCUCGGCGGUAUUGAAAAGCAACUCUUCGAAUUACUACCCGACCAGUUCCAACGUCCUCUCGAGAAAAUCCUCGGCGGAAACCCUUUCGACACACAACUCGAUCGCGACGCCGGCCCUGGCCAUUCUGCGGAUAGAGGGUUUGGGGACGAUAUCAAGGCGAAGCUGGUGAACAAGAUUAGAGGGCUGGUGAGGAAGGUUCAGGAGACGCUGAGGGAGAGUAUUCUGGGGGUUGUCAAUGGUGGGCAUAGGAAGUUUGAGAGGCAGAGCUGGGUGUUUGUGCAGAACAUGGUGGAGAUGAAGGUGCAGAAGUAUCUGCCCAAGGUUAAGAUCUCGGUGCCGGAUGAUAUUGGGAAUGAGGGUGUUAGUGUGGGAGCUCCGGCUCAAGCGAAUCUUGGUGGUUCGAAUGCGCCUGUGCCAGCUUCUCAAGGCGGACAUUCGUCGUCAGGACAGGGAGGAUACUCGUCGGGUCAGGGAGGCUACGAACGGCCGUCGGAGCAGCAUGGAGGGGGAUAUCAACAGCCGUACACUCCUCCUUCGCAGUUUGGGGAUAAUCGACCUGAUCACCAGCAGAGCCAGGGCUACAGGCCGCAACAGAGUCACGAAUACAAACCUCCUCAGGGACAGGACUAUAGGCCACAGCAGAGCCAAGAAUACAGACCUCAAGGCCACGAUGAGUACCGACCUCAAGGGCAACAGGGCGAAUACCGACCACAGCACCAGUCCCAGCAGGAUUACAGACCUCAAAACCAGGAUAACUACCGACCCCAGGACGAGUAUAGACCUCAGCAACAGCAGUCGCACCAAGAGUACCGCCCCGACCAAUACCCUCCGCCGCCACAGCAUCCAUCAAGCCACUCUGGGAGCUACCAGCAGAACGAGGGUUAUCAGAAUCAGGGUUACCAGCAAGCUCAAGGCUACCAACAGAGCCAGGGCUAUCAACAGAACCACGGUUACCAACAGAACCAAGGUUACCAAUAGAAUCAAGGUUACUAACAGAAUCAAGGACACAGCCAGUUCCGGGGAUAUGGUCAAGACCCAGCCGUAACCAGGACUUCUGAGAAUGUCAACGAAAUGUACAACGAAAUGACAGGCAUGCUCAAUGACGAUAACCGAUACGGCGCAAGAAGAUGACGAGCUAUCUCGCCAAGCGAUACAGGGUUCCUCUACGCCGAUGGCUUGGGCGACGCUAGGUAGAUUGAUGAAUGAACGGCCAUUUCCAUGAUCUGAUCCGUCCCCUGUUCUUGAAUUGACUCUAUCAACAUGCCGAACAUUCCGUCUCCCCUCCCGCUGACAGAUAACGCUCUAGAACGCCUCUUGCUACCGAGACCCUGGAUUUGCCCCCACAGAUCCUGAGUUUCAUGGCUUCCGCCAUCUACACUAAACCAUCAUAUCAUGAAAGUACCAUGACAGAAAACCCCCGUCAAUCCCACCAUGUGAGACUUUCUAUCCUACGACGUGCAGAAUAUACACCCAGGACCCUGCAUCACGAAGAUCUCAGCCACCAUCUUCCCUUCGGAUUGUGAUAUCACAUGACAUCCCGAUAUGCUUGGCACGGUGGUCUGAUUGUGUUGUUACGUAGGAGAAAACUUUGGAGCUGCGAGUGAUAUGAUAUGAUGCUUCCACGUGCCUGGGAUUUCGUCACAACGGCAUGAUUUUGGAAGACCGAGGUAUUCGUUCUAGCGCUGGGAUUUGCCAGUGGUUUUGUUCUUGAUAGUUACACACCUACGGUCGAAGUCCGAGAUGUGCAUGGCAUUCUGGAGCAUGGCAAUUGCGCGAUGGCUUCAAGGGUUCUUGAUUUCAGGGUCCUGGGAGUGUGAUGGAAUCCUUGUAGAAAGGUUCGGGGGUGUAAGGGACCUUUGUGGAGGGAAGAGAUAACUUCAGCUUCAAACUCACGAUCUGAUCAUGUUGGUGUUUUUGAAGAGAUCCGCGGAUGACGCGAGAGUCCGAUGAUGGGAGACGUCACGGGGAUAUGUCAUGGGAAGAACGAAGCCGUGAUGUUCCGUCCAUGAUAUGAAAUUCGGGCGGGCAAGCAAAGUAUCGCGGGGAUGUCUUGGGCGGCUUCAAGGCAGAGGCUCUGCGCUUCUAGGACUUCAUCGUUAACUUGAGAUAGUGGCGACAAGCUGUGUGCUCUAGAUAUGUAGCUUUGCUAGCUACUCAGGAUCAAAGAAGUUCAGUUAGUCCUCCAGCUACCGGUAUUGAGCGCUCUGAGAGAUGCAUUGAGUACUUUCCCCUUGGUUAAUCUCUUCUCUGCCAAGUCAUAUGUCUCUAUACGCGGAUUUAUUGUUCGCAUCUGCUAUUCCUCUAUCGAGGUGUUUCCUUGAUGUAGUUUGAGUUGUCUCCUUGGCAAGUCCCCUUUGGAAGAGCUGCCUCAUACUGCACCAGCUUCCUCGCGCUUUGAAACGAGGGCCCGAGUUCUUCAAAGCCAUUGACUUUUCUAUCCCUAAACGCAACGCAUAGAUGUUUCGUUGUAACGUCAGAACACUUGAUGGACACGCUCUUUUUAUUAACAUUACUAUAUCCUCCUCUAACCUUCCAUCUCACCUCUCAACCCACAACCCCCCAUUCCCAUAAACCUGAUCCCUCAAUACCCCAGCCUCACUCCUAACUCCAACCCAAUGCUUCGGUAUCCUAUCCAUCUGACUCUGCACCACCCCCGUCGCAUCCCCCAACCUCUCCUUAAACCCCUUCUCGCUCUUCACAGCCCUGACCGCCGAGACAGAAACUUCUGGGCCCCAAUUCUCCCGCCCUAAACUCGCUGUCGUGGUCAUGACAUCGCGCGUAUGCUCUUCCAAGAAAGCUUCAUUUGUGAGGUUGGGAGAGGAGGGGUGCAAGUGCCCCAUCAGCAUGACUUUCAUGCGGAGGUCGAAGAAGAGUGUGUCAGAAAAGUCGUGGAGGAUGUGCACUGUUACUUUGUUCCGAAGAACUACCCCGGGAGGGGCGUUGCGGAGGGGUGCGAUUGUGACGAUUGCUUCGUGCCAGUCGUCGUCGAAAUCUUCGCUUUCUUUGGGUGGGAGGACGCGUGCCCAUGCGGCAAAGACACCGCCCAUUCUCAUCUUGACCUCAUCACCAACCUCACUCAGAUUCGCCGUUGGAACACCCAACUCGCGAGUAGAAAUGCCCGUUCCUCGAACGACCUUGCCCGCAAACUUGAAAGGAAACGGCGCCUCAGGUCCCUCGUCACUCCCAAGUAUCGUCAACGGCUCCAUUGCUUCUCCCGAUAUCAACGGAUCAUAACGUCCCGCCUUGCCAUUCUUCCAACUCUCACUAACUGCAUUCCCAAUGCCACUUCCAUGGUACGCUUUCGUAGCGACUUUCUUGAUAGUAGCGUUCGAAGGCGUGAGUCUUUUGGCCCCCUGUUCGACGACUGCGCCUGCGACGCCGGUGUACUUCUUUGCAACCUGUGAACCAAUGGUGCUAGCGACUUUGAUGCCCAUUUCCAAGGGCAUAGUACUUAGACUUGAACCACGAACGGUGCUUACGUCUGUGGAUGUGCUGGCGAUGCGGAAUACGGGACUCCCGCAGAGGACCUUUUUGCCAUCGGAGUUGGAGCAGAGAACGAGGCGGAAGUAACCGUCUGUUGCUGCGGCGGGGAUACGGAUGAUGUGUGUUUCUCUCGGGAGGUGUUUCUUCAUACGCCCCGAGGCUUUUUUAACGAACCGCUUGAAGUCGCGCUGGAUACCGCGUUCUUCUGCUUCAGAGAUAUGUUCCACGCCUGUUUUGGUCGCGGGGGUUACAUCGAUCCAAGUACCAGUUGUUCCCAUCAUUGCUUUGAGCGUCAUUCCCAUGUUUCCUGAAUAUCCCUUUUGCUGUAACCACACAGUUCUCGUGGGUGGAAGAGGUUCAUCUGAGAGGAUGGUGAUGGGUACUGAAGUCGCUGGACCUCUGUACCAGAUUAGAGCAUGAGAGUGACGAAUGAUACUGAAAUGCUUGUUGGACUCUGCGGGGUGACUUAUAAGGCCACCAGCGAAAUACUGGGCUUCUCCAAGUGCAGCUUUCCAUUUCGACGAAUCCUUCGGUUUGUCUUCUUGAGCAUCCAACCUCGCUGAUAGAGCAGAUGAGCUCUUAACUCUUCUAAUCUCAUUUGACGGCGCAGGACUCAAAGGGCCCGGAGUGAGUGACGUUGGACUUGGAAUCUCAUCAACCACAAAAUCAACCUGGUAGUUCCCCCUCGGGUCCAAAAACCCCGACUGCUGCGGUGCAUGAGCGCCAGUGAGGUUCGUCGCCGAGCGGACCGGGCGCAGAGGCCGUGGAGGCGGAGGCGGUGCUAGGCCGGCGCCGAACUCGGGACGGUAGGCACUGUAUUCCGGGGGCGGGGACGGAGUUGGCUGUGCGAUGGGGGCUGGCCGCGUGUAGUAAUUUGGGUCAGACCAUUUCUCUGCGUCCGGAGUUGGAGGGAAAUACGGAUUCAUCUUGUCAUUAAGAGUAGAGGAUUAAAGAGGGCUAUUUGGUUUGAAGUUCAAGAAGGGAGAGGAGAGGUAUGUAAAAGAUGAGCAUACGUGUUGGGUGGCCAAGAAAUUGCACCGUGUGGAUGGUCAGGGGGUUAGACUGCACACAGUAUUCAGAUAAAGAGUGUUUCUACGAGUGUUUCGACACCAAAACCGGGAUAAAAGAUUAAACAUCGACAGAAAUCGCGGGGAUGAUAUUUAUAGAAUAUUUAUUGGUCUAUUGAUCAUCUCCCAAAUAAGCUUAUUAUGUUGGGGCUCGCU